GUCUUCGUGGCCCUCAUCGUGGCAUGCGUCCUUUCCCGCUUUGCGGACAAGGAUGCAAGCUGGCUCUCUCUCAUGACCAGCGUGGCUGGGGUCACUAUUGCUAUCAGCGUCGUGGCUGUCAUGCCCUAUGACGUGUGGCAGGCUGUGGCCGGCGGUGCCGGCAACCCUGACUCACUCCUACAAUCUACAUGGGCUGUGACAUACUGGACUACAGCCCUUCUGAGCUAUCUCCUGUGUCCCAUCCUAAUGGAGUUCGAAGCGUCUGGCGACUUCACGAUUGCUGCGCGCUUGCGAACCUCCAUGCGGCGCAACGCAGUCUUCUACAUUGCGUAUACCCUCAUUCUGGGAAUCCUCCUUGCCAUUCUCAUAGUGCGGGGCGAAGUACAAGGAGAUGUUCAGAGCUGGUGCAUUGCUGCAUCCAAUGCCUGGGGCCUCUUUGUCCUCACGGUCCUCAUGGGCUUCGGGUUGGUGGCCGUGCCACGGCACUUUUGGAGUUUGGCGGAUCCCUCUGCCCUCUUGCAGGAUCUCUACGUCA